AUGCCUCCGAGAGCAGGCAUUCAACCACUUCCUUCUGAUGUGAUCGCCAAACUCAAAUCUUCAACCUCGAUCACUCAUUUGAACGGAGUGAUUGUUGAGUUGGUCAAGAACGCACUAGAUGCGAAUGCACAUACUGUCCAUGUCUCUGUGGACUUUAAGCGCGGAAGUUGCAUAGUAGAGGAUGAUGGCGAUGGGAUCCGACCGGCCGAGUUCGAAUCCACGGGUGGCCUUGGGAAGGCACACUAUACAUCAAACUUCCAGAACAGAGGUGCCUAUGGGCAACGUGGACUUUUCCUGGCUUCUUUGGCUUCUCUGUCCUUGCUGACUGUGACUGCGCGCCACAGACAGUAUCCGACUACCAACGCCAUUGUAUUCCAUCAUUCGAAGCCUGUCGCGCGACUCAUUCCUGCGCCAGCGCACCGAAGUCUCCGAUUUGGUGAACAUGGCACCUGUGUGACUGUCAAUGACCUCUUCGGUAACAUGCCAGUCCGUGUGAAGAGCCGCGCUUUAGCUCUUCAAAAGUUUGAUGAAAUGGAAAGAGAAUGGGUCCAACUCCGAUAUUCGUUGGUUUCUCUCAUGCUAUCCAAUAUACAGCUAUCUAAAUUGGUGAUUUUUGACAUGGAAAGAGGGAAGAAAAUCACCAUACGUCCAGACCUCUUGACACAGAGUGAGAGCUCUGAAUCUCCUUCCGGUGAGAUGAACCUGAGGCGCAUCGGGUCUAUCCUUGCCCCCUCCGCCAUGAUUGACUCACGAAAUAUGGAUUCCUGGCGUAUAAUGUCUGCCACCAGUCCCGAUCUCAUCAUUCGUGCUGCCCUGUGCACUAUGCCAAGCCCCUCAAAGAAGUGUCAAUUCAUUUCUUUGGGCAAGGAUCCGGUUUUCCCAAGAAACAGCUCGAAUGUUUUGUUCAGCGAGGUCAACAGACUAGUAUCGAUGUCUGACUUUGGAAACGCUAGAGCUGCCUCUGACGCCGCAACUUUACCAUGUCCCUUACCUCUGCACGGAGAAUCCGAUGCACCGAAUAGUGUGGGAAGCAGGACUUGGGCGAAGCCCAUCAACAAAUGGCCAAUGUUCUAUAUACGUAUCGAUACGAGUUCUCUCGGGCCGGUUGACUGCAUUGAACCAUCUACCGAGUCCGAAGAGUCCCUUCGACAUAUCCUGGAUGUGCUUGGAGCGAUGAUUCUGGAGUUCUUAAAACAGCAGAACUUGCGACCUCGUGCUAUAAAGCGACAAAGGAAGAUUUCCAAACGAUCUCAAGAAUCCAGCAGUCUUUCCCGGGCGGGGUCUUGCCAGUCUUCGAGCUCUCUAACUCAAUUUGGUCAGGCAACGAGCACAGAAGAGAUAUUCAACGGCCGUCAUAAGCUACCUACUUUUGGAAGAUCACAGUCCGUGAACUCCGGUGUUCAUUUCAACAAUUGGUCUAGAGUCAAGGCAGCAAAUGCAUCUGAGUCUCCGGCUCCCCUGACUGGACUUGGCUCAGGGAAUAUUGCCCCAAACAAUAGAAAUCUCCCCGCAGAGGCCAAUAUUCUUGCACCUCCAGGACAGCCACGGACUCAUUUCCAAUUACGCAAAUAUGAUGGCAAUCACCCUACCCCAUCGGAUGAAAUCCAUAAAGACUCAGCGGCCUCAUGUAAUGUCACCAAACAAGUCCAGACCUGCGAUGAUCCUUCAUCUCAGUCAUCGGCUGACAGUCUGAUUUCCUGGAUUGAUCCGCACACCGGAAAAUCGCAUUUGAUCAACUCACGAACCGGUUUGAUAGUUGGCCCCAAAUCACUCCCAGAUGGUCCCCGAUCCACUAGCUUCUUUACUACACUACAAAAACUUGGACUCUCUGACAAGCCGCAACCGUCCUCUACUUCAAAGCUCUGGGUGGACAAUUUGAUUGAGGCAUGGGAUAAUCCCAUUUUCGCCCGUUCUGAACUGCAAAUACCGCGUCUUGCCACUGGAGCAGACACCUCACAAACUAAAUUAUGCUCUCACGAUUGUUUUGGAGAGAUUGGAUCUCUUGGCACCUCCCAAUUCGCGAAGUUCAAGGGAAGAUUGCGCCGUCACGACCUCGCAAUGGCAACUGUAAUCGCCCAAGUCGAUCAGAAGUUCAUUCUGACCAGAUUUGGCUCGUCACAGUACGGUACUUCUGGAGAUAAUGAUUCGGGUGCUUUCUUAGUCUUGAUUGAUCAACAUGCAGCAGAUGAGCGUUGUCGAGUGGAAGAUUUGUUUGCGAACAUGUUCAUCUCAACUAGUGCUUCACGCCAUCCUGAAGUUCAAACGGUGGAAAUCGAUUGUAUCUCAUUUCGAAUUUCCUCUACCGAGGCUUCUCUCUUCCAAAAAUACAAAAAUUUUUUCAAGCACUGGGGGAUUCACUACGGAAUCGACAAGAGAUCAGAAGAAGGCGUUGGGAUGAUUGUUUCCGUUUAUGCGCUUCCGAUUCUCAUUGCCGAGCGCUGUCGACUUGAGCCAACUCUAGUUGUCGACCUACUCCGCCGUGAGAUCUGGACAGCUGAGGAAGAGGACAGCAGACCAGGAAGAUCACUAGAUUCCCGAGAGGAUUUCUUACGGAACUAUCACUAUGGUUAUGGUGAAUCAUCGUUGCAUGAAUCGAUGGAUAGCAUCGCUCACCCAUGGAUACACAAAAUGAACGGCUGUCCGCAAGGCAUCUUGGAUAUGCUGAACUCUCGCGCCUGUCGAGGAGCGAUUAUGUUCAAUGACUCAUUGAACAAUGACGAAUGCAGGGCAUUGGUCACACGACUUUCACGAUGUGCCUUUCCAUUUCAAUGUGCCCAUGGUCGGCCUUCCAUGAUACCUAUUCUUGACCUUCGGUCACAAGCUGGAAGGGACAGCUUGGCCUUUGUUGACGGAGACUUGCCCACUAACGAUGACGAACACGGCAACAACCAAUUGAGAUUUCUAGAUGCUUUUCAGGCGCAAUACGAAAGUUAA